AUGGAGCAACAGGCGGCGCAGAUCCGACGGGAGCGACAGUCAAAGCGCCAGGCGGAGAAGGCGAAGGUGCAGGCGGAAAGCGCGCUCACGCGGACCAUAUCACUCGUGCGCGGCACAUCAUUGCGCGGAGAUGAGGGCCCGCUGGUGGGGAACCUGAUCGGCGAGGACCACGUCAACUAUGUGAUGAUGUACAACAUGCUCACGGGCAUCCGAAUCGCGGUGUCUCGGUGUCAGGCCAAGAUCCGGCGGCCGUUGACGGAUGAGGAUUAUACUUCUGCGAACAAAUAUUCAUUUGACAUCGUCGGGAACGAGCUGACACCAUCGGCAAAGUACGAUUUCAAGUUCAAAGACUACGCGCCAUGGGUCUUCCGCGAGCUGCGGGAAGACUACUUCCACCUCGACCCGGCAGACUACCUCCUGAGCCUAACCGCAAAGUACAUCCUUUCCGAGCUCGGCUCGCCGGGCAAGUCCGGCUCGUUCUUCUACUUCUCGCGGGACUACCGCUUCAUCAUCAAGACGAUCCACCACAACGAACACAAGUUCUUGCGGAGGAUCCUCAAGCAGUACUAUGAGCAUGUGAAGGACAACCCGCACACACUGCUCAGCCGCUUCUACGGCCUGCACCGCGUUAAGCUACCUCGCGGUCGCAAGAUUCACUUUGUGAUCAUGAACAACCUCUUCCCGCCGCAUCGCGAUAUCCACGAGACAUAUGACCUCAAGGGAUCGACUGUCGGCCGUGAGUACCCCGAAGAGAAAGCGGAAAAGAAUCCUCGAGCUACUCUCAAAGACCUCAAUUGGAUCAACCGGGGGAAGACCCUCGAGCUUGGCCCAGAGAAGCGAGCGCUCCUGACGGAGCAACUCAGGCGGGACUCUGAGCUGCUCAAGCGCCUGCAGGUCAUGGACUACAGUCUACUUGUCGGCAUUCACAACAUGCAGCGCGGCAACCGUGACAACGUGCGGAGCAACACGCUCAAGGUUUUCUCACCAAAUAUGCCCCUAAUCAAGCGGAAACCGACGCAGGUGAAGGGACCCUCGUCACCCGACGCCAUUGCGCUACGGCGUAUUAUGCGCGAGUCGGAUCCCAAGCGACUCGGCUCGGGCACUAUCAGCUUGCCGGACGAGGACACGGCAGGGGAGCGGCAGCACUUCCUGUUCUACCAAGACGAGGGCGGGCUGCGUGCGACGGACGAGCUCAACGAGAAUAUGGAUCCGAUAUACUACCUCGGCGUUAUUGAUAUCCUCACGCCGUACAAUUCACUGAAGAAGCUCGAGCACUUCUGGAAGGGCCUCUCGGCUGAUCGGCAUAAGAUCAGUCCAGUACCCCCAGAAGAGUACGGCGAUCGCUUCUUCGCAUUUAUGAAGGCGAUCAUGCGAGGGGGCGAAGGUGGUGGGCGAUUCAAAGCCGAAUAA